AUGGCAGAAUCCAACCGUCCCACGCGGCCAUCCCUCGGCCAGAUGCGCAGCAGCUCCUUCCUACAGGACCAUCAGCAGUAUAAGCCCAUGGCCCCAAUCAACCCAAUCAACCAAAACAUUGGUGAGGUUUUGGCAGGCCAGGUGGACGAGAACCUGACAAUCAACUCGAACCCAAUCAAGCCAGACCCCGAACGUGUCACCGACAGCGGCGUCAUUCACAGCAUCUUCAACCAUCAAUCAAACCCGCUCCCUAGCGGUACAUCGCAAAUCGUCGCGACUAUCUACUAUAAGUCCUCUCACCCCGUCCACCCCAACAUUCAUCCCGAUGUGCCGUCUACUUCCAACCCGCUCCCACCGCCCAUCAUCCCUGAGGGCUCGGCUCCAACAGAAGAUAUGGACAAGAUGCCCCGUGAACCUCCCGUCCCGGAGCCGGAACCUCUGGAUCACCUAUACGGGCCUUACGUGUCGCAGCUGUGCUUGACCAACUUCCUUCAGGUUCUGGAAAGCCUGCCCACUCCCUAUCAGCGUAUGAACACCUCGCACCGCUGUCUGGACCGCGACGAGCACCCGCGCGUCGUGGAGGUUACUUUCUCUCCCCCGCCAAACCCGGACUAUCUUUCGUUCCCCGAUCUGCGCAAGCACGAGAGCAUCUGGCGCUUCGAGCGCGAGUGGAAUGUUGAGGUUGUCCUGCAGAAGGAGAGCGUGUUCCGCCGCCAUAAGCGUCUGGCUGUGUUUGAUAUGGAUAGCACUUUAAUUGACAAUGAGUGCAUCGAUGAAAUCGCCAAGUUCAUUGGUGUCGAGAAGCAGGUUUCUGAGAUCACCGAACGCGCCAUGAACGGCGAAUUGGACUUCUCCGCCUCGCUCAAGGAGCGCGUUGGUCUUCUCAACGGGGUCCCCGCUGAUGUCUUCGAGAAGCUCAAGUCCGUUCUGAAGAUUGCCAAGGGUGCCCGUGAGCUCUGCCGCGCAUUGAAGGCUCUAGGUUACAAGAUUGCUGUGCUGAGCGGUGGUUUCCAACCCUUGGCAGAGUGGCUUGCUGAACAGCUCGGCAUCGACAUUGCCGUGGCCAACCACCUUGAAAUCGAUGAGGCCACCCAGACCCUCACCGGCAAGCUCGUGCCCUCGUACCCCAUCGUCGACGCCGCACACAAGCGCACCCUCCUCAAGUCCAUCGCCGCUGAACACAACAUCCCGCUCUCACAAACCAUGGCCGUCGGCGAUGGCGCAAACGACCUCCUCAUGCUUCACGCCGCAGGCCUCGGCGUCGCCUGGCGCGCCAAGUCCAAGGUGCAGCUCGAAGCCCCAACCCGCAUCAACGGCGAGAGCCUCGUAGACAUCCUCUACCUCCUCGGCUUGGACAACGAGGACAUCGCAGAGCUGACCUCCGAAAGCCAAUGA